UGGCUCAGGUGUCCACAUACUUUUUGUCACAUAGUUUUAAUUUGAUAUACUGUUCUAAAAUAAUAGAGGUCAUACUCUUUUAAACCGCUAAAAGUCAAGACAAUAUUUCCAGAGGCAGAAAAGAAAAAAAAGCUGCGUCACUGCUCCCGUCUUGUCCGGAUCAUCUCGGCCGAGGGGGCAACAACAACAACAACAACAAGAGGAGGAGGAGGAGAAGUGGGUCGAGGUCGUUUCUCUAUUGGGGGAUGAGUCGGUCCGGCUCCAUCGGUUCAUUAUCCCUGUUUAACUACAACAAGGAUUAAUCUCCACUCAUCAGGCUGCUUGAGCUGCGAGUUGGACAAAGAUAUACGUCAAUCUCUCUCUGGGAUCAGAGGAGAAGGAUGUGACGGGCUGAGGAACAUAUGGAGAUGAUGUCAUCGGCAUUGUAAAGCUCGAAUAAGUAAAAACUUUAUAACUCUACAUUUUAAAUACUCUGGGUUAUAAACUGGAAACUGGACAUGCACAUAUUUCACUGCAGCUGCCUUUCUGGUCUUUCACUAUUUUUCAUGCAUGAUACAUCAGAUCAUCCAGUUCCGGAUCGGUUCAUCAAUUUCACUAGCUGUGGAAUUAUUCCACUCAAAACCGCAGGAGUCCACAUUUCAGUGCAUCCUCUGGGAACCACGAACGAUGAUGUUGAGAUUUCACUGACUGAGUCGACUUGAGCAUUUAGCCUCUGUGUGGAGGAGAGGGAGGGAUGGAGGGAUGGAAGAGGAUAAGAGUAUUUAAAUCUUUAAUCACCCAGAUGAUCUGCAUCAGUCGGCUGCAUCAGACCCCCGCGGUCACUUCCCACUUCAUCACCCCGCGUCGCUGCGUCUGUCGUAGAUGUGUUUGGGUGAACACAUUUCUCAUCCUCACGCUACACGUUUACUCAUCUGAGUCCUUUUGGAUCAGCAGCAGGGACCAUGUUGUCCCACCUCGGAGCCCGGAGCCGGAGCUCGUUCCACGGCUACAAACCCGUCAGCAGGACGCACGCCGACCAAGAGCCGCUCGACCUGCUGGACUUCACCUUCGCCUUCAAGCCCUGGAGCUCCAUGCAGGACCUGGGCAGAGACAUCUACGACCUUUAUGACGAGUACGAGGAGGAGGAGGAUCAGUUCCCAGAGUGUCCGCCCCCCCGGCUGACGUCUCCGACCAAACACUUCGUCCUCAACAUCAACGUCGGAGGAACGGUAACUUCUGCACCGGACAAAACCAGACGGAUGUCGGUGAAAACGCGUGUUCACAUUCAGCCGAAGGGUUCAAGUCAUCAUGCAACUAUCUUCUUCUUCUUCUUCUUCUGUCUCCUCCGCCUCCAGCUGUACCACCUGCCCUACUGGUUGGCUGCCCGGUACCCGACAUCACGGAUCGGCCGGUUGGCCACGUCCACGGACCACAGCAGGAAGUUGGACCUGUGCGACGACUACAUCGUCCAGAGGAACGAGUUCUUCUUCGACCGAGAUCCCAAAGUCUUCCACAGCAUCUUCAGCUUCUACAGAACCGGAGUUCUGUGGAUCAAAGAUGAGCUGUGUCCUCGCAGCUUCCUGGAGGAGAUAAACUACUGGGGCGUCCGAAUCAAGAACAGCCAACGCUGCUGCCGCAUCUCCUUCGAGGAGAGACAGGACGAGCUGGACGAGCAGCUGAAGAUACAGAAGCAGCUGAUCGCAGAGGUGGAGAUGGAGGAGAACGAGGAGUUAUUCCACGGCAUGGCCUUCGGGCCGACCCGCCAGGUGAUCUGGAACCUGAUGGAGAAACCGUUCUCCUCCAUCACCGCCAAGCUGAUGGGCGUCGCCUCCUCCAUCUUCGUGCUGGUGUCGCUGGUCGCCAUGACGCUCAACACCGUGGAGGAGAUGCAGUACAAAACGGCCUCUGGUCAGCCCAGCGGUAGGUUCUACGGCGAGCACGUGGAGUCGUUCUGCAUCACCUUCUUCACGCUGGAGUACCUGCUGCGCCUGGUGUCCACCCCCGACCUCAGGUGCUUCGGUCGCAGCGUGCUGAACACCGUCGACCUGGUCGCCAUCCUGCCGCACUACCUGCAGAUGGGCCUGGAGCGCUUCGAGGACGUGCACCAGCACUCCGGGGACAUCGAGGCCGUGGCGCGAGUCGGAAAGAUGGGUCAGGUUCUGAGGAUCAUGCGUCUGAUGAGAAUCUUCAGGAUUUUGAAGUUGGCUCGUCACUCGACGGGGCUCCGAGCCUUCGGCUUCACACUGAAACAGUGUUACCAGCAGGUGGGAUGUUUGCUCCUCUUCAUGGGGAUGGGGAUCUUCGUGUUCUCGGCCAUGGUUUACACGGUGGAGCACGACGUGUACAACACCAACUUCACCUCCAUGCCCCUCGCAUGGUGGUGGGCCACGGUGAGCAUUUCCACGGUGGGCUACGGCGACAUGCUCCCCGAGACCAACCUGGGCCGCCUCUUCGCCUUCGCCUGCAUCUCCUUCGGCAUCAUCCUGAACGGCAUGCCCAUCUCCGUCCUCUACAACAAGUUCUCCGACUACUACACCAAGCUCAAGUCGCAGGAGUACACCGCCGUCACCAAGGCCCGCGGGAGGCUGCACCUGGCCCGCAGGGCGGCGAGGAGGUUGGCCGAGUGCCGCGAGGAGGCGGCGGCUCGGCCGAAGGGUGAAGAUUGCGUCAGAAAUCUGCAACGAGACGAGAGAACUGGAAUCCGGGGAGAACUGGCUCCUGAGACUCGUGGAUGGCGAGUCUGAAGUUUUUUUCAAGAGUCGGCAGAUGGACGAUGAGCCCGACGCUCUUCACUCCCUCAGACAUCGUCUGGAGUCAAGGAGGUUUGAACGGUUACUGUUGUUCCUGAAGGGACGUUUCAUUUUCCCCUCUAUGACUUUAUUCCUGUUGAGCCUCCACCUGCAGUGGGAGAAAUGUAUAUACAUAUAUUAUAUCAUCGUUCUUUAGUGUGUUUAAUCCGCACACGUGGUCCAUAGCACCACCACCAUCAUCGCCCUCUUCUCUCUCCAUCAGCCUCUUAAGCUCACACGUAAUCCAGGAUUCAAGAGAGAACGACAACGUGAAUGAAUUAAAUCAUAACGUGAAGAUUCGACAUCUGGACGAUGGGAUGAGAGACACGUUCAUCUCCCCACGUGUUCCUCUUUUUGUAAUAAUAAACCAGCCACUCUUCACGUCUGAAUCACACGCCAUGUUUACGCGUGAACUCACUGGACUGGUGUUGGUCCCCAUGUGAAACCCUCCAUCAAACCAAUAAAUGCCAUUUUCUUAAAAGUUGUUUUGAAUGGAUUCAAGAAAAAGAGAGCCUGUUAACUUUGUGUUGAUAUUUUGUUUUCUUCGGACAGUUGGACGUCUUCAUCCGUUCUCCAGUC